GUCUCUUCUAGUGUUCGGGGGGUUGUAAAACAAAAAGGGUUUGUCUUGGAGAAGAAAAUUGCUGCGGUCUUUCUAUUCUACCUCACUGCCACAAACCGGGUGUUACUUUUUCGAGUCCGUGGAUGAAUUCAUGAUGUGCGUCGAAAAGAACAGGAAUGGCAUACGGCAGGGACGAAGCACAGAAUGAUGCAGUGGUGCGGUAGGAGUUGGGGUAGUACGAGCUGAGAAAUUAUUCAGCCGACUUCUCUGACGGUCAAGACCCUGGCGAGACCUCUUGUUGCGAAACACGAAAGGAGGAGGCUGUUUGCAAAACGCAGAAAAGGGAGGGUACUGUGGCAGGCGACCGGCGUGCAACGAUGAUACUGCGAACCUGCAGGCGAAUGAUGGGGACUGCGUGUGCGCAGCUUCUCCUCGUUUCGACGAAUCUACCGAGUAUCGCGGGCAUGCGAUUUCUGGUAUGAAUAAAUUCUUCCUCUAGUUGUACUGCAGAAGACGACAUAGAGAAGGAGAGCGGAAGAGGCUAUUAUACGUCAAUUUGUAUCCCUGUUUGGAUCCAUCCCCAUCUAGCGUUCUGCAUACUUGCAUUUUCUAUAUCAACUUCAAUGUUUUUCGGCCUCGUAAUCGUAUGUGUGAAAACAAAGCUGCUGUGUUUUUCGGUCCGGUGGUAUCGUACCUGAAUCUCAGCAAUGAUCGGAAUCUCACACGCAAUCCGUAAGAAUUGAUGAUUUCGACCUCUCAGCGCGAUCGAAAAAUGCAGAAGGAGCUGGAGGCCGCGCUCGCGCAGAGGGAUCGGGAAGCUGUGAUGUAUAUCAAAAGGAAACAUCCCCCCUCCCCAUAUCAAAACGGAAAUCUGUGAUGCAGAUUUGUUGUCACAAAUCAGCUUUGUCAUGCUACACGGGAAAAGAUGCGGACUGUAGUGCUGGGUGGCGUGGGGAAGCCUUGCAUCUUCCGCAUGAUAGGAGGCAGCUGAGAGUGGGAAACAGCAUCACAAAUUGCCUGCAAACGAGGCCACGACUGCGGCUCUUGGCCUUCUAGCAUGGCAAGGCGAUUUGUGACCUCAAAUACAGCAUCACAAAUUUCGUUUUCGAUAUAAGGAGGGGGGAUUUUUCCUUUCGAUAAUGUAUCAGACGCGGAUUGAAGCGCUGGAGGGACGGUAUUCGGAACUGGAGCACGAGAAUAUGCGCUGCAAAGUGACGUGCAUCUGGGAGGUUUGCAAGGCUCUAGACGUUUUUCAUGCAACUUCUCCAUGAGGUCCACGAGUUCUAGAAUCCAGGACCUCGUAAUAUCACGGAUUCAUCUGCGAGGUUUCUCGAUGCCUCCUAUCCUGCAUGUGAGCACCGUCCUGUCAACUCGACCAAGCCUAGGCGGUUUUUAGUAGUCAGGCAAGACAGCAGGUUCAGGUUUUUGUGUGCCCCCCGCACACAAGACGCAUUGCAAGUCUGCGCUUUAUUUUGUCCGCAGCCAGAUAGUAUAUCUACAUUUGCCAUGCAUAGAGAUGGUCGAUAUGCGACUGUCGGUGCACAAGGCGGAGGAGCUCUCGAAGAAGCUCUCGGAUAUCAAAUGCAAAAUAAGUAAAUGUCUGGGUCUGGGAGAUUGCAAGAUUUGUCAUGCAUAUUUUGCAUGAUCCGUAAUGCCUGUAAUGCAUGGCCUAGUAUCUUGACAGAUUUUCAUUUUUAGAGCGCUUCCUUAUGCCUAUUCCGCAUGGGCUGUGCUUUGUGUACCCCUCGGACCCCGCACCCCCCCGGGCUCAGUAGCGCAGUCUGUUAAGCAUGACAAAUGCCGUCUCCGGGGAGCACAAAAUCUACUCCGCUUGCUGGUCACGCAAUACAAUUUUUUUUCGAAGCCAGAGACAGCGUCACAAGUUUAGAAUCUUCCAGACCCAGACAUUUUUGCAUUUGAUUUCGGAGCGAAUGGAGCGACGUUUCAUCAAGGAUUGGCGUCCCAAGAUGUCCUUUGUGCAAUUCAAGCGGCAAGAUUGCACGGAUGGCAUUCACGCGAUUGCUGUGGAGUAUCCCUGUCUCACCGAACUGGCUAAGCGCGACAUGCAAGCGAAAGGUGAGCUGCUUUUAAAGACGAGGAUCAAUCUAGAUGCUUGUGCGCGGGAACAGCGGCAGUGAAGCCGAACUGAUUUUUAAAUCCUCAUUUUUCGUCAGCAAUGACAUGGUGUUCCGCUACGAAAGGAGUUGCAUGGAUAUCAUUGUUGGAAAUGCAUUUUCGCAGCACGUUUUUUUGGAUGAUUAGAAUUUGUCGCCGCGCUUGAACCUUGUAAAGCAAAAAAUGAAUCGAUCAAAUUGUAUUACUUACCAACUUUCACCGAAGGUGUGACCAAUGCCACCAUCAUGUCCCAUUUCGACGCUAAUGUGGACAACUACGAGCCAAGUAUCCACAUAAUCCUGAAUGAACGUGGCCAGCGCUGCCCGGACGGCUGGCAAAAUAUGAAUUCUCUGCUGCUGGAUUUUUGCAAAUAAAGUACGACUUCGGUCUGCAAUCUCGUCACAGAUCAUUCCGGAUGCAGAAGAGUACGGGUAAAUGUGAUUCCGUGAAUAACAAGUGCAUGUGCAACAGAGAAGUUGUCCCCAAGCAGCGUCGCAGCGCUAUCGUCGUUUUGUCCACCCGAUACCCCAGGGGCGCACCGAAUUUUGCCGAUGGGGCCAACCGAAAAAACACGCAAUUCUGAUUGCGACAUUGCAACGACCUGUUUCCACCCCACACACAACUACUGUUUGCGACUUGUGUAGUGGCGCUUUUGUACGACAAGGGCGCUUCGCGGCGGCUCUGUCCAAAUCCGAUGUGGAAACCCAAAUCCGAAGCUCUUGUACUUGCUGCAAUCUGAUGAAAUAGAUUAUAUUUGCGUGUGCGAAUUUGCAAAUGCGAGCUUGUUCAUUAAAAUAGUUGUCUUUGUGGGGAGGAAAUAGAGCCUUCGCCCCUUCAUAUCGUCCAAAGCAGAAUCGGGAUCCACAGGCCUGCAGUUGGAUAUUGCAGCCGAAAUGUCUAUGGAGUUGAAAAAAGUAUUGCCUUCGUUUGCAUGCUAGAUUUCCAAAGGUUGUAGUCGAAGACCUUGGACCGCAUGCCCAGAUAUGUGAAAGUGCGCUCACAUCAAGCGACGCUGCACAGUAGAAACAACAUAGCGAACAUACCACUGAGUAGUGCCUGACUCGCAGGACGAAAUUUUUUCAACUGCAUAAUGGGCUCGAAAGACAAGGUACUUAACUCGAAUAUCCGAGUUGCUCAUGUGUUGAGGAUACAGCAGCAAAUAAGACCAUUAUUCCGCGUGCUUCGUAAUCCAUCCGCACGUAGGCUGAAUGCAUUAGUUAUGAUGCUGAGCAAAUGCAAACAUAGUCGUCCAGUACAAACAGAAUAUGUGCGGCUUGGCGUGCAGCUGUUCUACUUGGUCGUAUCGUAUCUCACAAGAACCCUACGAUCAAAACUAGGACUGCGGUGGGUUCGUCUACUUCAACCCCGACACGACAAAGAGCGACGAGUUUCCCAAGGAGAUCAGAAAAUGGGAUGAAACCGCCAACGAUUUCACUAUCCACAGCACAGAGGUACAUACAUCUACAUACAGGUUUAGGUUCUCUCAUGUUCAGUCGCAGAAAGCAGUUGAUACAGCGACAGCGUCACCGACUUUGCAGCCUUUCUACGAGCAUACAUUUUCGUAUACCGCACAGCGGGUCCCGCACGUCCCAGCGUACUAUUGAUUGAUUGAUACCAGGAUGAAGAAGGAAACUAACGAACAAAUUCACUUCAGGCAGAACUCGGCGACAUCGUGUUUGUGGAGAGUGGUCCGCACUGCGUCAACAAACUCUUCGCGGUAUCCUAAGAUCUUCAAGUGGCUCCGCCCAGUUCCGGGACGAAUGUUGUGUGAUAGGUCAUGAGUUACCGCGGAGUUGUUUUUGUGGUCAAAGAGUAUAGCCAGACCCCGUUGGUAAAGACGAGAGGGCGACAGCAUCGGUAUUUAAGCCUGAAGAGGUUGUGCACGACAAAGUGCGCGUCGCGACCGAGGAACUUGCGCUUCAUUUACGAUCUGGCAUUAUGUUGACUUGAUGUACCAAAUACUCCAUGUUGCAGUAAAAAAGUUGGGUUUUGUUGCUUUUUCUACGGAGGGAGGGACAGGGAGCAUCUUUGACUGGGAUGAGCCAACGAUGCAACGGAGACCGCGAAAACCAAAGAAGAAUGCAAAACAUUUAUCCCGAUGAAAACACAUUUUCUCCAUAUUUGCGUCAUGUCCGUUGCAUGGAUCAGUCCCCACGGUAAUGAAAACUUUGUAAAAUAGAUACAGCCCGGCACAGAAGCAACAUGAGAAUAAGUACCAUCCGGAUUUCGCGAUCGAAUUUAUUGCCACUCGCUGAUCUUUCUUUGCUGCAGCGAACAACUCAAUGAGCCGUGAUGGUGUGACGCUUACGUGCCCAACUUACGGGGAGAACGGCCCACAUGAGCCGCCUAGAAGAUUGGCUGCGCGCCCAGGAAGAGAGAGCUUCAGCUUGCUAAGUAAGUAUGCAUUUUUUGAUAUUCUUUUCUUGGGUUUCCACGCAGGCUAUGCGUGUGGAAAAGUGUUUUCGCAACGAUUGCGGACGCUGCAGGAUGCCACACAGCCUGCGUACGCGCAACACACUGCAAAGAGGACGACAGUGAGAACACCUACAUCAAGAAGCGGAUUAUCCUGGCGGACUUCGGCUCACCAACGGAGGAGUUUCUCGGCCGCGACGAUAUGUUCGAGGGAGCCACCACCGCCACACCCGUAGUGGACACAGCGACAACUACCACCGCAGCACCAGAACUGGUGGGUAGCGCAGAGACAACAACGACAACGUCGACGACCACCACAACGUCGACGACCACAACUGGCGAUCAAGGAGCCAACACGCAAGGAACGAAUCAGCGCUGAGCUGCGUCCCGUGCCAACUUUUCUACUACGCCCUCGGUCUAAACCAACCGCGCGCCGCCCAUCUGUGCCGCGGUCUGCCGCCGCAGAACGCCGGAGUUGCUACUCAAAACGGUCGGGUGUACUAGUGUCAUCGAUUUUGACACUAAAGACACCGUAAAGAAAAAGUAAUAUUUUCCGUGUACAAUUUUUUUCCACUGUUGGCACGAAGUAGAGCAUCGUAUUUGAAACACUUUUUUAUUCAUGUGCAGACUGUGGAAAAAUCUUUUUUGCCCGCACUGCGUGUUUGUUUCAGUUUCACCAGUUGUUUCUUUGCUGUGAUGUGCACGCCAGUUUGGCGCGAACGUACGUGAACGCAAGCAUAGGGUGGUGCGGGGGCUGCAGAGUCACGAAGAUGACGCACCUUUCGCACACGUUUUUUUUUGAACUCUAAGGACACAUCAGAAGUACUUCUGCCAAUGACCAAGUCUUUUGUCGGCGCACUAUCACGACGGUAAAACCGAAAAUGAAACACCAGGAAUGAACAGAAAAUGUAAAUGACGUCCUAGCUACUUUCGAAGACGAAGCGAAAUCUUUUAGCUUGCGCUGGUCUUCCCGUUUCAUACCAGAAGGUGACGACAGCGAUUUCGGUGUGAUUUGCCGUCGCGCGAUGCGGCCGAUCGUUCAU